CCAUCCAGCUCGCACGAUGAAGAGAACUGAAGAUGCAAAGUAUCCCGUUUGAAGGAGAGCCCAGAUGGAAAGUUAGAUGUGGGUUGGUGAGGAGAAGACAAUUACAUCCUUAGUUCUAUAGCAGUGGUUCUCAACCUUUUUUGAACAAACGCCUCCUUGAGCUCAACAUAAGCCUCCCAACGCCCCCUCAGCCUCAUCAUAAGCCUCCCAAUGCCCCCCUUAGAAUUGAAAAAUAAAAUGGACUAAUGUAACUCAAUGGUUACUAAGCACCGCGCCCCACUCAACUGUAUCCUUCUCAACGCCCCCUAGGGCUCCCUAACACCCCCUGGGGGGCUGUACCGCCCCCGUUGAGAAACACUACUCUAUAGUUACUGCAAACUGCUACUGGAACCAGAAACCAAAGAACGAGAACCAAACUGCUACUGGAACCAGAAACGUUUUGAAAAUGACGGAGCUGCUCAUCAACGGUGGCUUUCCCGAAGCCAGAAACUCCGCAGCGCAGGAUUGGUGCAAGUCCUGCCUCUCUGUGCGGACGCUUCACAGGUGGAUCCCGAUCCUCAGCUGGCUCCCCAAAUACAACUUCCAAUGGCUGCUGAUGGACGUCCUGGCCGGCAUCACCGUCGCACUCACCACCGUCCCUCAGGCCCUGGCCUACGCCGAGGUGGCGGGCCUACCUGUUCAGUAUGGACUGUACUCUGCCUUCAUGGGCUGUUUCAUCUACUGUGUCUUGGGGACCUCGAAGGACGUGACUCUGGGGCCGACGGCUAUAAUGUCUCUCCUGUGCUCCUAUUACAUCGGAGGCGACCCCGUGUAUGCUGUACUGCUGACGUUCCUCUGCGGCGUAAUCCAGGCUGCAAUGGCGCUCUUCAGAUUAGGUUUCCUUCUAGAGUUGAUCUCGUAUCCCGUCAUCAAGGGCUUCACCUCGGCUGCAGCGGUCACCAUCGGAUUUGGACAAAUUAAGAAUAUACUGGGACUUACGAAUAUCCCUCGUCAGUUCUUCUUGGAGGUUUUUUACACAUUCCAAAAGAUUCCUGAAACAAGGUUAGGUGACGUACUUCUGGGCGUCUGCUGUUUGCUUCUUCUGAACGUUUUUUUCUGGAUGAAAAAGACGCUACCCCCCCUGACGGAGGCUCAGCCCACAUGUGUCCGCAUGACCCACAGGCUAGUUUGGGGGGCCGCUACAGUGCGUAACGCGUUGGUUGUCGUUGGUGCCACGCUCAUGGCCUUCUCCCUGGAGGUGUCGGGUCACCACGUCUUCACCCUGACUGGCAAGACCUCCACCGGCCUCCCUCCUUUCACACCGCCACCCUUCUCAGAAAUCACCCCAAACGGGACGGUCACCACCUUCCAAGACAUGGUGCUGGAUCUUGGUGGAGGAUUGGCCAUUAUACCUCUUAUGGGACUUCUGGAAAGUCUUGCAAUAGCUAAAGCCUUCGGAAAUGAAAAUAAUUAUCGUAUUGAUCCGAAUCAGGAACUUUUUGCUAUUGGGAUCACUAACAUCAUGGGGUCCUUCGUGUCUGCGUAUCCCGUCACGGGGAGUUUCGGAAGAACUGCAGUGAACUCUCAGACAGGAGUGUGUACACCAGCGGGAGGCAUCAUUACAGGUGUGCUUGUGUUGCUGUCUCUGGCGUAUGUCAUGCCAGUGUUCCAUUACAUUCCGAAGGCGUCUCUGGCCGCUGUCAUCAUCUGUGCAGUCGCCCCCUUAUUCGACUACAAACACGCCAUACAACUGUGGAAGGUCAAAAAGGUGGACCUGCUGGCGUUCCUGCUGACCUUCCUGCUGUGCCUCUGGGAGAUCCAGUACGGCAUCGUGGGAGGAGCUCUGCUGUCGGGAGCUGUGCUGCUGUACCAUCAAGCCAGGCCACGCAUCAAGGUUUCUGAUCAUGGGCCGCUGGUGAUGGAGCUGGACAGUGGCCUCAGCUUUCCCGCAGCAGAAUACUUGAGCGAUACGAUCUACAGCCACGCUCUUCGAGUGUCACCUCCUCGUUCGGUGGUGUUGGACUGUCAUCAUGUCAGCAGGAUUGACUUCACUGUGGUGAACGAACUCGGAGUCCUUCUCCGGCAGUUCAAACUCCAAAACGUCCGUUUGGUCUUCUCUGGAUUGAAGAGCGGCCUCCUGGAGGUGUUGAACGCAGCAGAUCUACCUGGACUUCAAUACGAGGACAACGUGGAGGCUGCUCUCCAGAGCCUGUUGGACACUCAUGAUGACUGAAGACGAUUUAAAGAAUGCCACCCACUCUACUGCUCCAUGUUGUAUUGGUUAAGUGAUGACUGAAGAAGAUACAACAUCCACCACCCAGAUACAACACUGAUGAUGACUGAAGACGAUUUAAGGAAUGCCGCACACUCUGCUGCUCCAUGUUUCAUUGGUGAAGUGACGUUUCGGCCGUCUGGCCUUCUUCAAACUUACAAAACACGCCCAUCCACAUCCACAGUGCCUUUACAUCAACCCCAAUUUGUAUGCACAAGAAGCCAGCACCUCAAGAAAGACUUUAUUGGUGUACGAUACUUCUUUUUUUUUCUAAAGACUGAACAAGAUUUACCAUCCACCACCCACCCAGUCAGGACUGUCUAUGAAAAUGGUUUGUUUUCAUCCAGUACACUUUGAGAAGUUCAAGAUGUUGCCGUAG